AUGAAGAUCUUAUUUGGACCUAAAACUACAAGAAAAGCAUUAUUGGUGUUGGUUCUUUUGUUCACAUUAAUAGGAUUAGUAUGGACUUCGAAUAAAGCAGCAGCCGUACACUCAUCUAUUAAUAAAAUCAAAUAUCCAUCAUUAGAAAAGAUUAAAGGGUUCUAUAAUGAUAAAAUUUCUGCAUUUCAUAAGAAACCGAAUGAUCAUCUAGUAGUGUAUCCUCGCUCAUUCUCGUCAGAGGUCAAAGAGAAAUUAGAAGAUCAUUACAAUACGUACUUGGCAGGAACUACAGAAAAUUUGAAAGUACUAAGCUACAAUGGGCCAAAGUCUCCUUUGACGAAUAAAAUCAGGGACAAUAAAUAUCACAAACAUCAGAUUUCAUUAUAUGAUUCUGUGAAAAACAUCGAAGGAGAUAUUGAAAAAUGUCAGCCUGAUAUCAAUAAAAAAAUCAAUGUAGACGUCACCGAUUCUAAUACCUUUGGAUUUUCGUUUGAAAAAAUAGUCAGAAAAUUGGUCCAACAAUUGAAGGAUGAUCCGUCUAUAAAGGAGUUGAAGGGAUUCUUCGAGGAUGAUUUGGAAAAACAUCUCCAAGAGGGAACAGCAGGCGAUCAUUGGUUUAAGUUUGCUGGAACGUCUGUAUGGUUAGAGCAAUACGGUGUUCACUUUAUGAUUUCAAGAAUGAUGUAUAGUCCUCCAGGUCCUAAAAAACAUAGUGUUUUGAGUUUACUAUAUGGCCAAGUCUACGACGAAGAUUGGAAUGAACUAGAAAAUAUUGAGCUAGUUAUACCAUCAUCUAAUUCCUUGACCAACGACAAAAGCUUCAGAAGUAUUAAUUUUCCAAGCUUCUUGCCAAUACCAUUCUACCACGAUUCCAAUUAUCGUCUGAAAAGGUUUUAUGGUCCUGAGGAUGCUAGGAUGUUACUAGUUAAGAAUGAGAAUGGUAUUGAAGAACCCUUGAUUGUUUUUAACGCAUACCAUCGCAAGAGUAGUGAUGAAACAAAAAUUGAUGAAGCUUCUUCAAGUAUUAAAUUUGAGUAUUACAGAUCAAUGUUUAUUGGAUGGCCAUUUCAAUUUCAGUUGGGAAAAGAAAAUGUUGAUGGAACACAGAAUCCAAAGCAUUCCAAUAAUGAAUACACUAAGCUUAUCGAAUUAAGAAAUAUAGAACAUCCUAGGUUAAAAGUGCAAAAAAAUUGGACUCCAUUUAUAAGCAAUAAGGCUCGCCAAGUCCACGGGUAUGAUAAAAAUAUUUAUUUUGUUUACAGAUGGCAAAGUUUGGAAAUAAUGAAAUGCCAAUUGAGUGACAUUUCUGAUAUUUCAAAAUGUACAUUUGAAUACAAAAGAGUAGAUGACUUACCCUUCGAUGCAAAGGUUGGUGAUUUGCGGGGUGGGACAGAAUUGAUAAGCAUAAACAACAUAUUUCCCUCAUUAGAUAAUCAUUUUAAAUCUGAUACCGAAGUCUGGGUUGGGUUUUCUAGAGCUCAUAUCAAGAAUUGUGGAUGUGGGAGUAGUAUGUAUCGUCCAAAUCUAGUGGUGCUAUAUAAAGAAGGUAGAAAGUACAAGAUUUCUCAGCUAAGUGAAUUUUUUUCUCUAGACGUUAAGGUCACUGGUUGGUCUGAUCCUAAAAAAAUAUGUCAACCUAGAGAGCCAGAUGCGUUGAUACCGAAUGGUAUCUCAUCCUGGGAUGUUAAUAGCCAUAUGUCUGGAUUAGAGCAAGUUCAUGAAGAUUACAUCACUUUAACAUUAUCAGCAGGGGAUGCUGUUGAUCACAAAGUUCACAUAAAGAAUUUACUUAAAGUAAUCCUUGGUCAAACGUCGUUGCUAUCUUCUAAGGAGGAAUAUGGUUACAAUGAUGAUCUUGUCAGUUGUUCGAUUAAGUAUUCGAAGGAUUACUGUGCAGCAUAUGGAAAAGAAAUGAUUAAAGAGAAAACAUAA